AUGGAUACGGAAGCCAAUCCUCCAGUCGCAGAGUGUGCCUCUGCCGGAACCGAACCCGUGCAACCUUUGCGACGCGAUGACACCCGCCGGAUCCGGAGUGGUCCUCUUCAAAUUGUACACAGCUUCUGUAUCGGUUGCCUGAAAACGUCUCUCCGGGUUGGUAACAGCACCGGAUGUCCGUUCCCGAAUGCUCGCUAUGAAUGCGUAGGAAAUUUGGAGCAACGAGAGCUGGAAGCACUGUUGAAUGCCGAAGAGUACCAGUUAUUGAUGAAGCGCCGACAGAAUUCGCUCAAGAGCAUUUCCGAUUCUUUGCAGAAGGAAAGGACUGAUUCACUGCCAGCCGAACUGAAACUUCUGGUCACGCUGACCGAUUCCUGUUUGGUACCGAAUGCCGAGCCCUUCGAGUGUCCCAUUUGUUACGGCGAGUUUGGAGUGAACGAUGGCGUGACCCUGCAUGAUUGCUUUCAUUGCUUCUGUCGCGAGUGUUUGGCCAACUCCAUCAAGCAUGCCCAAGAUGUAGAAGUUCGAUGUCCUUUCAAGGAUCGGAACGCCUCCUGCGAAACCGUAAUCCAAGACCAGGAGAUCAGGAGUCUUCUCAGCGAACAUGACUACAGCGUCUAUCUAAAGCGGUCUUUGGAACAGGCCGAGAUCUCGAUUACCGGCGCUUUCCACUGUAAGACCCCGAAUUGCCUCGGAUGGUGCAUCUUGGAGAUUCAGGACAGCGUCACCGUGUUCCAGUGUCCCAUAUGCAGCGCUCAGAACUGCUUGCUGUGUGAGGCUGUCCAUACCGGCAUGAACUGCGAAGAAUAUAACGAAAGAUUGAACAUAGAUUACGAAUCUCAUCUUUCUGUGGAAGAAAUUGACCGCAUGAUUGCAACGCAUACGGCAAUGCGAUGUCACAAUUGUCGUUUCGUACUGACGAAGGAUGGUGGAUGUGACAACAUAAUCUGUGGUAAGUGCCAAUUGCAAUUGAAGUGGGCUCCUUGAAGCCCCCUUUAAUUAAUCUUUCUGGAAAUGCAAAAAAAGGCAAGCUGGAUAACUUUGAAAUCAUGCAAAUAAGUAUCCUAUUCACGACACUACCGGUCAUCUUAUACUAGGGCAUUUGAGAUUAACCUGUUCAAAGCAGUCUUUGUUCAAGGGUUUCUAAGCAAUAGUUAUCUUGUCUCACCUUUUGUUCUUAACACUCUACGCAUUGUAUCAGAUUUACAAUAACUAAACAUAUGUAACAUUGAAUUAGAAUAAAUUAAACACGAUUUCGUAUUAAUACAAAUAUUUUUAGGAAUACUACUCAUAUUGAACUUCUCAGUGACUUACAGGACGGAAUACCUAAGUAGAACCAUUUUCAUUUAAAUCCAUCACCCAGUUCACACAUACUCUCGUCAUCCCACGUUCAUGUCUGUCAAUAAUGUUUGAACUGUUUGAAACGCUAAACGCCAAUGA